CUCGAGCGUGUGGAAGAUGAGCGUUAUCGUCAGGCUAUGCUAGAAAAGUUUGCUAAGGAUGAUCGUUUAGAGCAGAUGUCAGCACAGCGACGGCGACAGAAACAGCUCGAGCACCAACGGGAAGUGCAGACGCUGAUAGAGGCCCGUCGUACGGCUUUAGCAGUCGAGCGAGCCAGCCAAGCUGAACGUCUGGCGGAAGAACAACAAAUUGCUGAAGAGCGUCGACGUAUCAUCGAAGAAGAACGCCAGCUCAUCCUGCAGCAACAUGCUGAGCAGCUUUUCGGCUAUCUGCCCAAGGGAGUCAUUAAAAAUGAAAAUGAUCUCGAAUUUAUGGGGCCAGCUUACAAAGCCGAGUAUUGCCCAAAAUCUCGCAAUCUCGUUGAUCUUGUCGAAAAAUCGCUCGUCUCUACCCAGCAGGCAGCGAAAAAUGACCGUAAUUCUGUCUCUUCUUCUUCUUCUAACAAUAUGCGAAAAUAA